AUGGUCAACGUCCAAACCUAUACACAAAGGGCCGAGUCUCACCAGUCACCGGUAGCACAGCGUCUCUUCAAAUUAAUGGACAGCAAGAAAACUAACUUGUGUGCUUCAGUGGAUGUGAAAACAACCUCUGAGUUCUUAUCUUUGAUUGAUAAGUUGGGUCCUUACAUUUGUUUGGUUAAGACCCAUAUCGACAUUAUCGACGAUUUUUCGUAUGAAGGUACCAUUGUUCCUUUGUUGGAAUUGUCCAAGAAGCACAACUUCAUGAUCUUUGAAGAUCGUAAAUUCGCAGACAUUGGAAACACUGUCAAGUCUCAGUAUUCAGGUGGAGUCUACAAGAUUGCCCAAUGGUCAGAUAUCACCAAUGCUCACGGUGUUACUGGUUCUGGUAUUGUUCAGGGAUUAAAGGAAGCUGCAAGAGAAACUACCGACGAACCAAGAGGUUUAUUGAUGCUUGCCGAACUAUCUUCUAAGGGCUCGAUUGCUCAUGGUAAGUAUACUGAAGAAACUGUGGAAAUCGCCAAAACUGACAAAGAGUUUGUUAUUGGGUUCAUUGCCCAAAGAGACAUGGGUGGACAAGAUGAAGGUUUCGAUUGGAUUGUUAUGACUCCUGGUGUCGGUUUGGAUGACAAGGGUGACAGUUUAGGUCAACAAUAUAGAACAGUAGAUGAAGUUGUUUCCACAGGAACCGAUAUUAUCAUUGUUGGUAGAGGCUUAUUCGGCAAGGGUAGAGAUCCUGAUGUAGAGGGCCAAAGAUACAGAGAAGCUGGAUGGAACGCUUACUUGAAGAAGACAAGCCAAGUGUAA